CUUACUUUUGUGUUCUUGAUGUAAAGAUAUUAUGGUAUUGAUGUUCCCGAGACGCACUCGAUUAGUACGUGCUUUCCUUGUCAGCUGGUUUUGACAAUCAUUUUAUUUGUUGCGACUCAGCGGUCUGUUCCUUCUUCCUCUCUUUCUCGCUCUUUCUUCGCCAUGGCUUUUACGUCUGCUUACAUGGACCGGGUGUAUCAAAAAAGUGUGGGGUGUCUGGGGAGCUGGCAAUUUCUCAACGCGCACGUGGUCUUUUUCUUCUCCUUUUGUUUUGUUUCCUAUCUCAUUUUAUUUUAUUUUUUCCCUCCUUUGCUUCGAUUGAUUUUUGCAUCGUUUUAUAUCUACAUGGGUGAAGCUACAGUGAUAGCCUAUGACCUGUUAUCUGAUUCCAUCACUCAGACCUUUAUAGGGUCAAACAACCCCGUCUCUGUGCGCUGGUAUCGUCGAGUGGUAUGCUCAUGUCUACUUGAUUCCUCGUGUCUUUGUUUUGCCCUGUGCCCCGUGUAAUACUAGUCAGACUACCGUUAUUCUGUACCUUUAAUGAAUAGACAUUAGUUCGCUUAAAC